GGUCCGAGAAAAAUUCCUCGUUGCGUCAGUCUCUUCAAUCCUCGACGCUAGUGUCGCCUCACCCCGCGAGCCCCCCCGCCCCUCGCCGCCCCCGCCCGGCUCCGCCACGCCGCCGCCCUAGCUGCCGGCCCUGACCUCUUCUCCCCUCCGCCCUCCUCGCUGCCAGUCCUCCUCCACUUUGCCCCGUCGCCGCUGCCAGUCCUAGAUCCGCCGCUGCAAUUCACCGCCGGUCCCCUCGACGCGAUUCGCCCCAAUCCCGAAACCGUUCGAAGAUGCCGAAGGCCAGCAGGCGGCGCAUGAGGAGGGAUCCGGGGAAGGAGAGGGAAGCGAAGAAGAGAAGCCUGGCAGAGGAUCGGACGGUGAUGUUCGCGGCUUUUGAGAAUGAAAAAAUCCAAUCCGAAGCAAAAUUAGAUCGUGUGUACGACAAUGUGGUUGAGUCCUCAAUGGAGGAAUCCUCCAAUCCACCCAGCCCUCUGCUCCACAGGCCCUACAUCCCCGACGAGCUAGCUGACAGGGCGGACGUACGUGCCGCCUUCCAGAAUGCCAUGUUACAAUUCGAAGCAGACAUAAAUCGUCGGUCUGAUCUCUUCACCUUGGAUCGCUACUAUACUCGUUCCUGCCUGACCAAGGACCGACGCCUUCUUCACAUCCGCGAGUCUGCAAAGGAUGCCGUGCUUCUUGCCGCCAACUCCGUCAUCAGCCUCUCGUCCUAUCUCGACGAUGAGCCGCUGAAUAAGUGCUGUGGUUUGUGGAUUCAACGGGACGACAAGGAGAAAACCGCCAUUGUUUUGACGUCCGCGCAUCUCAUUCGUGCAAAUCGCACAACGGAUCCCAAGAAGCUGAACAAGUGGUUGUUCGAGUGGACAGGCAAAUAUCAUCGUGAUGCUAGCGUCACUGUUCACUUUCUGGAUGGCACAACUGCAUUAGCCAAUCUCAUCUACCUCCAGGAGCACUACGAAUUUGCUCUUUACGAGGUUGUAGUGGACAAACCAGUUCAACUGUCCACUUUUAAUGACAAUGUGCAUUCUGGUCAAGAUGUUCUCCGACUUGGAAGAGAUGAAAGUCUUGAUCUAAGCAUAACCCAUGGUAGGGUGGAUUAUAGGUUUCCAUCCAGUUAUGAGAGAUGCCACUACAUGUAUUUUAUCCACGAUGGACCAGAUUUAGUUCAUGAUGACGGAGGCCCUGUCAUUGACAUAGAAGGGAAGGUUGUGGGAAUGGUUCACAAUCAAUCCGUAGAGUCGUUUUUACCUUCUUCUAUAUUGCACAAGUGCUUGGAUUUGUGGAGGAAGUUGAAGUGCGUCCCUCGUCCCCACCCUGGAAUGACCUUUAUUUCCAUCAAGCUUCUAGAUCCUAUUUGUACCGAGAGGAUGAGGCGUAAGCAUAACAUUCAGUCUGGUCUUAUUGUUGAAGCGGUGUCAAAAGAAUCGAAUGCUGAGAAACUUGGAAUCCGCAGGGGUGAUAUUAUUGAAAGUUUCAACGGAGUGUAUAUUUCUACUACAAUUGAGUUGGAAAAGAUGUUGCUGGACAUAGGCGGGGACCAUUUUCAUCAAGCAAAAGUCUUAGAUGCCGAAGUAGAUAUUCGAAUUCAAAUAUUUCGUGCCACGGAACUUUGCCGAAGAGCCAGAAACUUGACUGUAAUUGUAUCUGAUUGUGGAGAAGACAUCAUAGAAGGCACUUACCCUAUCACUGUUGGCUUUGGAAAAGCGAUCAACUGAUUCUUUCAUGGAGCCAAUGGCACUUGCCCUAUCCAUGGUGGUGGCAGUACCACUGAUUGGGUAAGUGCCAAAGGCCCUCGACAACCAGAGCCUGUCGCUGUCUGCCGUCAUCGAUGACCGGGCCCUGCCGCUGUCUGCCUGUCUUUGUAUGCUGCUACCAGUGAACUUCGUGCUGCUAUUUUGCUGUCUUCGUAUGCUGCUGCUGCCACUGAACUGAACUUUAAUGUAUGGUUGCGUUGCUUAUGUGGACUUGCGUGCUUAUGUGGACUUAAUUUCGCUUUUCUGAAACUUCAGAACUUGUGAGUUCAGAAUUGAGUAUUAUAGAUGAGUUAUGUUAAUUGUCACCUGUUUUGCGUUGUUAUGCUGUUGAAAUUUCUGCUGAA